AUGGAGAAGGGUCGGAAGGUAUCAGAGGAAAUUAAUGUGGACAACUCAAGUGCAAUCAAGGGGUUUCCGGUGGAGCAGUUGCGAACGGUUCAACCUGGUUCAUCAUGUCUGUUGAACACAAUUACUCGUUGUCUUGAUAUCUUAUUUACAGCUGAAACCCAUAAUUUCCCAUGUUCUGUGGCGCCUUACCCUGGUGCAGAAACAGGAGCAGGAGGCCGUAUCAGGGAUACCCAUGCCACUGGAAGGGGUUCCAAAGGGGCUACGACUGGCCACUGUGUUGGAAAUCUUAAUAUUGAAGGGUCAUAUGCUCCUUUGGAAGACCCUUCAUUUACAUAUCUGUCGAACUUGGCUUCGCCCUUGCAGAUUCUCAUUGAUGCUAGCAAUGGUGCAUCAGAUUAUGGGAAUAAAUUUGGAGAGCCAUUGAUUCAGGGCUACUUGAGAGCUUUUGGAAUGCGACUCCAUUGUGGAGAAAGGAGAGACGGGCAUUGGUGUGCUAGUUGUAAGGAUUGCAGGCCCAGCAUGGUUAGUGGCCAAAAUUAUGCUGACCUGGAUUUUAAUGCUGUGCAGCGUGGAGCCACAGAGAUGGCACAAAAACUAUAUCGUGUUGUUCGUGCCUUUGCUGAAAUGGGAGAGAAAAACCCAAUCAUCAGUAUUCAUGAUCAGGGUGCUAGUGGAAAUAAUAUAGCCAAGGGUGCCGUGAUUGAUAUCUGGCGAAUUGUAAUUGGUGACAACACAAUGUCUGUCUUGGAGAUAUGGGGUGCAGAGUAUCAGGAGCAAUAUGCAAUAUUGGUGAAGCCUGAAAGUAGAAGACUUUUGCAUUCCAUCUGUGAUAGAGAAAGAGUCUCUAUGGCUAUUAUUGUAACAAUUAGUGGUGAUGGACAUAUAUUGAAAGGUGCUAGUUCCAGUGGACUUCCUCCCCCACCACCUGCUGUGGAUCUUCAGCUCGAGAAAGUGCUUGGGGACAUGAUGCCCCAUCCCUUGGGUGUGGCAGCCAUUUCUUCUGUGGAUGGGAUGCAUCUUGCCAUGAUGCCCCAUCUGGGGCGCUGCUUUUUGAUGUGGCAGUUUCCAUGGUAUCCAAAGCACUGGGAUGUGGAAAAGAAAGGCCUGAGCCACUGGUUACGAAUGUUCCAAAAUGCCAGAGAAUGGUGCUCGUGA